ACGCGGCUAGCGAAAGGCCAUUGGGCGUACUCAGGUCUGUGCAAUCGAGCGCCGAGCGUGAAAAAGAAAACAGUCGAAAGUUUUGGAAAAGUUUCUUUCGUGCUCGAGAGUAAAAGGGUGUUUUUUUCUUUGUACAAUGGGAUCUUAUAAACUUGCCACAGCUGAUGCAGACAUGUGAACGCUCACAUGAAAACGUGGAGUCGAGCUACAACUGAAACAUGAUACUAUUUUCUUUGCAGCUGCUCUUCUGUGGGUGACAGUUUUCUCAACCCACUGCGUGCAUCAGCCCACAGGACCACAGAGUCCAAGAGGCGGGCACCAUGGCAACGCCUUUUAGUAUUGAUGAUGCCUUUGUGCUGGAAGGAGAGGAGGAAGUAGCCGUGUCUGAUGAGGAGAUAGAGGGAUGGAAAGGCAGGGACAAAGACAGAGAGGGAGGAGAGAUGACAUUCGGUCCUCUAUCGUUCUCUAAACCUCAGAGCCAUCCCGUGCCCGCUGCAGCUGGCUCCCCUGAGCACAGUAAUCUAAAAUACCAGAAUCUGGAAAAUGAAGAUGUUUUAGGCAGCAGUGGCAAUUCCUCCUUCAAUAACUUCUUCAAAAUCAGCGAUCCUGCAACUCUGUCUUACUGCAGCUCCCAGUGGUCCUUCAGCACAUUGAGUUCAGUCACCCAGCUGUCGGCGCACUGCUGCGGAUGGGUGUCCCAUCCACUGGUCAAAAAAAACCGAAGAGUUGUUCUCGCUUCAUUCCUUCUCCUCAUCACUGGAGUGGCUCUUAUUUUCACGGGUAUUGUCAUACAGUUGAGCCCAGAUGCAGGUAAGAAAGGUGUUUCAAGUGCCAUUUUCUUCGUACCGGGAUUUCUUCUCUUCAUUCCUGGGGUGUACCAUGUGAUAUACAUCAGCUGUGCUGUCCGCGGGAGAAGAGGCUUCAAGCUUUUCUACCUACCUUAUUUUGAAAAAUGACAAGUUAUGCCACACUACAUCUUAGCUACAUGUUUUUGUUGUUCUCAUCGUCUUUAUUAUGAAAUGCAUUUUUGUCACAAAUUGCAACAAGUGUAACAAAAGAGAUUGUCACAUUGUUGUUUUUAAAGAUUUUUAUCCUGUCAUUAUUAUGACCACUACUAACUGAACCACUCAGUGCCUCAAUUAUGUUUCCACUACACCAGAUAACUGUGUCUGUACGUGUUUGUGGAUGAGAAGGAGAUUUGCCCUGCUUGUGUUUAUGUCAUAUGUGUGAAUAAUGACUGUGAAAUUACAAUAAACUUUUUGUAUAUUACUUUAA